AUGGUUGAUUCUCCGAGAUAUGUCGUUAACAGCACUGUCAAAACUCUCGCAGCCCAGUGCAAUGAUCUCCUCACGAGCUUGGCCUAUGUGUUUCAUACUCCUGCUGGGGUAGACAGAAAGGGGACGGGCGACGUGGGCGCAGGUCAGGAUGGCGACCCGGUUGUCAUCUUUGCUGGGGCGAUAGUACAAGGCGCCUGUGCCCUCGUAGCUGGGUUGCUAGAGGCUUGCGAUGGCGAGACCAAGGGUGCUGGUAAAGGGCUUCCGCAGUUCCGGGAAAGGGUCGGCAACGGGGUCGAAUGGGAGGAGACUAGGACCAGCGACGGGACGAGUGACAACGGACUCAACGAGAGCUACCUCGAUAGUAGGGAGCCCCGCAUCGUCCAAGAUACUCUGUACAGCAUCUGCGGCGGCAACGGCAGCAUCGUAGAGGAGAGAAGGAAUCGUGAGGGAAACGAGCUCGUCGGCGACUCCCACGCUAGAGGGUGGAAGUACAAGCCCGGUUGGGACCAGACUCCUUCCCAGCCCCGGCAGUAA